UCGGGGAACGGAGUGGCGCGCGCUCAGUUAUUCCCAAACGCAAACCCUUUGUGACGCGGUGAAUAAAGAACGUUGUUAACGUUCCUUCCGUACUGCUGACACAGGUCUACAAACACGCUCUCCAAAAGGUGUCAUCGGGGAUGGUGACGAGGACAGACGUGUGAAGGGCGUGCUCAAAGUUGAAGCAGCCUACUGUCCUCCACCGUCCUCAUGGCUGAAGAGAUCAGGAGAAUAGCUGCUCUGCUAGAUCAGCCUCUGAGUGAGAGAGACCACGAACUCGUCACUUACGUCAAGCACAAGUUUGCCACAGACUUCAAAAAAGAACACAGUUACUUCCCUGAGAAGGUUGUUACCCGCAGUGACACACAGUAUGGCCUCGUACAAAAUGGCCAGGCCAGGAAGAACUACUACAGGAGACAGGAGCUGCUCAGUAAAGGCUUCUUCUCCCCUGUCAACAAACCAUACAGAACAGUGGGAAGGCUUUACUCUGACAACGUUGAUCUCUUCUCAACCUGGCUCACAUCAGAGGACCAAAAGUCACUGAAGACACAGUGGGACAAGAAGUUUGGAAAAAAUACAGUGAUCUCCAGCAAAUUCACUCAGGAGAAGACUAAAAAGGAGGAGAACGUCAGAGCCCCUCCAGUGGAGAACCUGAAUGGUUUCCUCCAGCUGAAGCAGUACAUGAGAGAGAUGGUCUCCAUCAGACGUGCUCUCCACACUGGGCGCCCCCUCAUAUAUUGCCUCAGAGACCAGGAUAAACCGUUAUUGCUAAUGAAGAAACCUGUGCCUCCCAAAACACCAUGUGACCGAUCCAUAUCAGCUGAUAAAGAGACUGUACCACCACUGUCCAUGUCCAUGAACCAACAGGCACUGGACCCAGAGGAAGAGGAGAACCUACAGAGGAUACAGUACAGGAAGCAGAAGCUGUUCUUAGAGAAACUCCAGUGGAUUUACAUGGUCCUGUGUGGCAUCUCUCACAUGCGAAACAGAGAUCUGAAGACACUGGUGCCUCUCAACAGCAGCUAUGUGAACAUCAUCAUGAAGGACACAGAGAAGACCAACAUCCUGCUGAAGCAGUCGCACAGCUACAACCCUCCGUUGAAUUACACCAGGCAGCUGGUGUCCCUGGCCCCAGAGGACUGUCACAGCGUCAGCCGUGACGUGUGGGACACCUUCAUCAGUCACCAGGACACCACAGGUGACAAUAUGACCUGGUCGAUUGGAACAAUCUAUUGAGUGUCACCUGAAUUGCAAUAUUCAAUUAUCAAAACAAACAAUGAUGCUACUGUCUCACCCCACGAUGUCACUGUCUCACCCCACAAUGUCACUGUCUCACCCCACAAUGUCACUGUCUCACCCCACAAUGU